CACCUGUAUCCAAACAGAGGAGCUGAAGAAAACUAUCAACCAGAACAUUUACAGCAUUAAGACCAUGGCAAACCAAUCUACAGUCUACAAGGUCUUUAAUGACUCUGUUCAUGGCCACAUUGAGAUGCACCCUCUGCUGGUGAAGAUAAUAGACACUCCUGAGUUUCAGCGCUUGAGGAACAUCAAACAACUUGGAGGAGGCUAUUAUGUCUAUCCUGGAGCAUCUCACAAUCGCUUUGAGCACUCCUUAGGUGUGGCUCAUCUGGCAGGGAAGCUUCUACAGAGUCUGAAAAAGAAACUGAUUCAGGGAAAGACACAGAGUCUGAAAAAGAGUCUGCUUACGGAAUUAGAGAUAACACCCAAUGACGAACUCUGUGUUCAGAUUGCUGGAUUGUGUCAUGACCUGGGUCACGGCCCGUUCUCUCAUGCAUUUGACAUAUUCAUGAAGGAAUUUGUCCCAAGUUGGAAGCAUGAAGAAGAAUCAUUCAAGAUGUUUAAAUAUCUCAUUGAAAAAAAUGGCAUUAAAGAAGACAUGGAAAGAGACUACACAUUUUCUGAAGUCGACUUCACAUUCAUCAAGGAGCUUAUUCAAGGGCCGAGUAAUUCUGCUUUUGAGUGGCCAUAUGAAGGAAGAGAGAAGGAGAAGGCUUUCUUGUACGACAUUGUGGCCAAUCACAGAAACGGAAUUGACGUUGACAAAAUGGACUAUUUCGCCCGAGACUGCCACCACCUGGGCAUGAAAUGUAACUUCUCUCAUGAACGUUUUAUAACGUUUGCACGAGUUUGUGAAGUAAACGGAGAAACGCAGAUCUGCGUAAGAGACAAGGAAGCGAUGAACAUGUAUGAGCUCUUUCAUGUUCGCAACCUCCUUCACCACAAUGCCUACCAACACAGGGUCACGAAGGCAGUCGAACUUAUGAUAAUGGAUGCUCUCAAAGAAGCCAAUGAUCUCUUCAAGUUGAAAGAAGCAGCAAUGGAUCCUAAAACUUUCGUGGAUCUCACAGAUUGUGUUCUUCAGAAAAUUCUAAAAAGUCUUGGAAAAGCCCAGAAAAUCAUUAAAAGAUUAUUAAAACGUGACUUGUACAAGUUCCUUGGUGCGAAAACAUUUGAGCCUCAGGAGCUGAAACACUUGGACAGUGAUGAAAAGUUGAAGAAAGUGCUGAAGACCUGGCUAGAAAACAUCCAGACACCAGUUGGUGCCCCGAGGCUCAAUCCAGAGGACUUUACAGUGGUGCGAAUCAAAUUCAAUUACGGGAUGAAGGACAAGAAUCCAAUUGAUUCUCUCAGAUUCUACAGGAAAUCCGAUCCAAACACACCAAUAAAACUCUCCAAAGAUGAGGUCUCGUACCUCCUUCCUGAGAAAUUUGCUGAAACCAAAGUCAUGGUUUUCUACAAGGGUGAAGACAAAGAUGUUGAGGAACUGGCCAGAAGGGAAAUCAAACAUUUCUGGAAUGACUUGGACUUCUUCUCUUCUGCCAUAAAGAACUCCAGGACCUAUGUGGAUUUCACAGCCAUUCUGCUGGAAAUCCAAGCAAUUCAACUGUUGGAGAAAAAGAUGGUGACUGCGCAGGAAAUCUGUGAGGUUUUUUCAAACCAGGGCCUUUACAGAUUCAUUGCUGAGGAAACAUCCCUGCCAAAAGAACUGGAACAUGUGGACAGCACUCAGUUGCAGAACGUGUUGGAGGCUUGGGUGAGAGAACUCGAGCAACAAGCUGGUGGUCAGAUGAUUGUUCACACUGCAAAGGAUUUUAAAUUGGUCCCGUACAGAGCUCCCGAAUCUGAAUCCUGUACUCUCUAUGUAUUGUACAUAGGACUGCACAUGGAGGAACUCGUACAAUUCUGGCAAAUUGUGGGCCUUGGAACCUUCAUAGAUUACCGUUUCAGGGAAUUCAUAUGCUUAUACCUCGUAAUAGCAAAGGAAGUUACUGUGAGACUUUUAAGACAAGGCUACUUCCUCAUUGAUGAGAAAGCAAUGGAGACUGAUAAACUGAUACGUUUGGACGAUGGGAAAUGGAGAACACUGCUGGAGAACUGGCUAAAAAGCAUCCAGAAAAAAGCCCAACACCACCAGCUCAGGUUUACUGCAAAUAACUUCAAAGUGGUAUCAUACCACCUGCCUUGCCAACCUGAAAUCAGUAAGGUGAUGCUUUUCUACAAGGGACUCACUGAAGAUCAUGUCGAAAAAUUGUGGAAGCAAGUGCGAAAAGUGUGA